AUCAACAGGGUGGUUAUUACAAUACCAAAAUAUCAAAGGGCGAUUAUUACAAUAUCAAAAUAUCAAAGGGCGGUUAUUACAAUACCAAAAUAUCAAAGGGCGAUUAUUACAAUAUCAAAAUAUCAAAGGGUGGUUAUUACAAUACCAAAAUAUCAAAGGGCGAUUAUUACAAUAGCAAAAUAUCAAAGGGCGGUUAUUACAAUACCAAAAUAUCAAAGGGCGAUUAUUACAAUAUCAAAAUAUCAAAGGGUGGUUAUUACAAUACCAAAAUAUCAAAGGGCGGUUAUUACAAUAGCAAAAUAUCAAAGGGCGGUUAUUACAAUACCAAAAUAUCAAAGGGCGGUUAUUACAAUAGCAAAAUAUCAAAGGGCGGUAAUUGCAAUAUCAAAAUAUCAAAGGGCGGUUAUUACAAUAGCAAAAUAUCAAAGGGCGAUUAUUACAAUAUCAAAAUAUCAAAGGGCGGUAAUUGCAAUAUCAAAAUAUCAAAGGGCGGUUAUUACAAUAGCAAAAUAUCAAAGGGCGAGUUUGAUAAUUCAGCAUUUUCACUUUACUUUAUCUAAACUCAAAUAA